CUCUGACAAGACGGUGUGACAAAGACUCGACACAAUGGCUCGCGGCAUCGCUCUUCUCGGCCUCGCCUCGCUCCUCCUGGGCCUGGCCAACGGCCAAAAGCCCGGCGAGAGCAAGGAGGUGCACCCCAAGAUCACCACGUACCGCUGCUCCAAGAAGCACGGGUGCAAGGCGAAGACCAACUACAUUGUGCUGGACUCGCUGACCCACCCGGUCCACCAGGUCGGCAGCACGCUCGGCUGCGGCGAUUGGGGCAACCCGCCCAACGCGACCGUGUGCCCGACCAAGGAGGCGUGCGCCAAGAACUGCAUCAUGGAGGGCAUCCCCGACUACAGCCAGUACGGCGUCACCACCUCGGGCACGUCGCUGAAGCUGCAGCAGCUGCUCAACGGCAAGCUGGUCAGCCCGCGCGUCUACCUGCUCGACAAGUCCGAGAGGGAGUACGAGAUGCUGCAGCUCACCGGCAACGAGUUUACCUUUGAGGUCGACGCCACCAAGCUGCCCUGCGGCAUGAACAGCGCCCUCUACCUCUCCGAAAUGGACAAGACGGGCGCCCGCAGCAAGCUCAACCCUGGCGGCGCCUACUACGGCACGGGCUACUGCGACGCCCAGUGCUUCACCACGCCCUUCAUCAACGGUGUGGGCAACAUCGAGGGCAAGGGCUCGUGCUGCAACGAGAUGGAUAUCUGGGAGGCCAACUCGCGCGCCAGCCACGUCGCCCCGCACACGUGCAACAAGAAGGGCCUGUACCUCUGCGAGGGCGCCGAGUGCGAGUUCGACGGCGUGUGCGACAAGAACGGUUGCGCGUGGAACCCGUACCGGGUCAACGUGACGGACUACUACGGCAACAGCAACGCCUUCAAGGUGGACACGUCUCGCCCUUUCAGCGUCGUGACGCAGUUCCCCGCCAACCGCCGCGGCAAGCUCGAGAAGAUCCACCGGCUGUACGUGCAAGAUGGCAAGGUGAUCGAAUCACACACGGUCGACGUCCCCGGCCUGCCCAAGACGGACAGCAUGACGGACGAGUUCUGCGCGGCCACGGGCGCCGAGAAGUUCUUGAGCCUGGGCGCCAUGCAGGGGAUGGGCGAGGCCAUGUCGCGCGGCAUGGUGCUCGCCAUGAGCAUCUGGUGGGACGAGGGCGGCAACAUGCGCUGGCUCGACUCGGGCGAGGCCGGGCCCUGCAACGCCACCGAGGGCCACCCUACCGAGAUUGUCAAGGUCCAGCCCAACCCGGAGGUCACGUACAGUAACUUGCGCUGGGGCGAGAUUGGCUCGACGUAUGGCAAGGUCCGCCUUUGCCGUCCACGGGCUUGAGACUCUUAUGACAUACAAGACCUUCGCACGCCAAUUCCCUCCAACUUCGCAUUAGUCGUCAGUAAUGGUCCGGGCAACAGAGACCGAAGAUGCUCAAUCGGAUGUUGCCGCGGGACUCGUGUGCUGGGGAGGGUUUUUUCAAUUUCCGGUGUUGACAAGAUACAUCAUUGCGGCCGCUUAAUGAUUAAUUGGCUUGAGUCCCUUACAAGUGGAAUGGGCAAUUAAUUAGACAUGGAGAAGAAAAUGGGCUUCGUACUACUCGUCUGCUCACCUCGCUGCCCAGAAGAAAGCCAAGGCAAUUCUGCGUAUUCACAGUGUACAGUAGCCCAUAGACUCAGGAUAGACGUUGAUCGAGUGUAAUGGACAAGCCGGUUUGUCGGGCG